CGCGGCGGGUCGGGCCGCGGCGGCGCGGGGCUCGGCGGCGCUCGGCUCUGCGCGGCGGCGCGCGGUGCUGCAGCGGCGGCGGCGGCCGAGGCGGCCCCCAGCUCCGCGCCGCUCCGCGCCCCCCGCCGCGCCCAUGGCCACCAAGAUCGACAAGGAGGCCUGCCGGGAGGCGUACAACCUCGUCAGGGACGACGCCACCGCCGUCAACUGGGUGACGUUUAAAUACGAUGGCUCCACCAUCGUCCCCGGAGACCAAGGGGUGGACUACGAAACCUUCACACGGAAGUGCACAGAUGAUGUUCGAUUGUUUGGUUUUGUCCGAUUUACCACCGGCGAUGCCAUGAGCAAGCGAGUCAAGUUCGCCCUCAUCACUUGGAUUGGAGAGAGUGUCAGUGGCCUGCAGAGAGCCAAAACUGGGACUGACAAGACGCUGGUCAAAGAAGUAGUACAGAUGAAUUCAGGCUAUUUGUACAGGUGUCUUUGUGAGCAUCUCACUUGACUGUGAACAAAUACAUCCCACAUCCUGUUCUGAUAUUAAUGCAUAUCCAUGAAGAAGUAAUCCAGGACUAUACAGAUCAAGCAGUGACACAACUAGAGCCAGUUCUACUAGGAAGACCUUUCUGAUUCACUUUUUAUCAGUGCAGAGACACCUAGCAGGACAAACAUGCUAUUCCCAAGAUGCCGUGGUUCCUGGACAGACAAAGAGAGAGUAAAUAAUAACUAGUAUUCCUUUGCAAAAACUGGCAGCCUUUUCACACAAAUUCAGUUUAUGGCUCACUGUCUGUCUUUAAACCAAUGUAAAUGAAAUAAAGGAUGUGAGUUUAUGCUCCCAGUACAUAGUGACUGAGACAGCUAUCUACGUGUGCAACUCAACCUCUCUCAAUGGAGUUGGAUAUGUGUAGAACGGUUAUCUUCUUUUCAUGCAUGUAAACUUGCAGGUAAUCUGUAAAAACAAAAGAAAACAAGAAAUCUUCCAAUUUAGUAACUAAUAAGGAGAGAAGUUUAUCCCAGUGCUACUUCUCUCUUAAUACUUAUCUUGCUCUUCAUCUUCCAAAGUUUAUUCCCAGUUGCCCCACUAUUUCUGAUUUUUGCAGGGAUUAUUUGAGAUGUGAAUUAUACACAGAAAAAUACAGUUGGUUAUUUGCCAUAAUAAGAAAGUACAAAUUUGACUCAGUGUUGGUUCAUCCUUUGGGAUAAUUAUUACUCUAAAGUGGGAAAUUUUUUUUUUUAAUAAACCCUGAAGAGUCUCUAGGCUUUUGGAGCAGUUUGGCUCUCGGGGGGUUUAGUCAUGUGCGUGACCCAUAGGCGCAUUCAUCCCACUGCAACGUGCAACGUGGCUGUCCUUCAAAGAAGCGUGGCACAAGGAGGCUUUUUUGUACAGCAGAUAACAGCUUUGAUUUUCCUGAUCUAUAGAAGUGAUUGGUUGGGACUCCAAAACAAGAGCUCUUCAGUCUGAGAAGCCCUCAGUAAAACUUGAAGACUGCUCGCUAUCUUAUAAUAUUUGCAAAAGCUCACUGUGCCUCUUUAUUCAAGACCAAAGCUCCAGUGUGAGCAGAGGCCUGCUUUAUAUUCUCUGCUACUUCGUGGAUGCAUUGACGAGCUACGGCUGAGCUGUGCUCAAAGCUGAACAAACGCCAGUAAACACUGUUCUUCUGCCGAGACACUCAAAGUGAAAGCGAGUCAGCUUGAAUACUGCUAGCAAGCAAACCCCACCAUGUUGCAUCUCUGGAAUAAAGGGUCUUCACACGUGGUGAUUAUUAAUGGCCUCCUGGAAGCACCUGCCAUAAGGAAAACAUAAGGGAUACUAGCGGUUCAAGAGUAGGUUAUGGGCUUGAGAACAAAAGGAUGCAAUAUUAUAAAGCAAGGGGAGAGGAACGGGGUUGCCCUCGCCUUUGUAUUCCUCUCUUGGAAGGGGGAGCAGCUGCUGCCAGUUCUAUAGGGAGGUGCUGGGAAGUGAUGCUGGUAGUCAGCAGCGGGGAUUGCCAGAAAAUCUCUCAGGAAGAAAGAACAAUUGAUUUUUAGCUGUAAUAACUGUAAAAUUACAGGGACGGAUCUCAUCUGGUGAAAAUAACCCUAGUUCCCCUGAUCCAUACUGAGAAUCAGCUCUUCUUGCUUAUUUGGAGAAUAUCCUUGUUACCUCUUUUACAUUGUAGGAAAAUGGGGUUUGCAUUUAUUGCAUUUGUUUUGCAUUGUAGGAAAAUGCAUCUUGCAUUUAUUUGAGUGCUGCUUUAAGGAACACUCAGUAGCAUUUUUCAUGGCCCUUUAUUUUCCUUCUUUCCCUCUUCUUCUCAUCUAGAAGGCUUGGAUCAAGCACGUGGGAAGCAAGGGUAGGAUCGUAAAAGAAGUAUUUAUCUAAACCUCUUAAGGGUAUAGUGAAGUACUGAUGUGUGGAGGGUUCCCUGUGUAAACAGGCAUGUGGAGUAAGGUGAUGCAGAGCGUCUCAUCUCUGCUGAGUUUCUUAAACUCUUAUGUCCCCAGGAGUAAGGAUGGUCCUACCUCUUACUUCCUUUGUAUGCACAAGUUCUGGCUCAUUCAGCCUCAGUACAGAUCUCUCCAGGAGACACGUUCUCAGGGCUGUUGUUUUGACCUCCAAUACCGUGCAGAGGCCAGGAGACACCGAGAAGUCAGCUCACACUCCUGAAAUCAAGGCUCUCGUAAGCUGCUAGUCAUUACAGUGAAGGAGGUUCAGUUCAGCCAUAAAAGCCCCUGCAAGGCGAAACCUGGCAGCCGUGAGCUUUAAGUAAGGUAGCGUCAUGCCGUCUGGUGAAUGGCCUCCUUCGCUCUGGGGAGAGGCAGCGGGAUGAGGUGAUGGUGCUUUUCUUUGACUGAGGAAAAGCCUGGGCAAAAUGGUGUGGGGCUGGAGGGGGAAGACAUGGCACGGAUGCAGAAUGGCAUCGCCUGGCGUUGAUGUAAAUGCCGAAGAACCGAAAACAGGACUUUGUUUCUCUCUCAGUGUUGCUUCCCCUCCGUGAACCUGCUACCCUUCACGAAUACCCUUCCUACCAAGAGCUUUCAACCCUUCAGCAGGCAGUGUGGAGGUCCUUCUCCCGACCGGACCGAGUUCUCCUGCAGGGCAGUCUCAGCACAGGGGCUGCCCAACCUUUGCCAGUUUGUCUCUCAUUUUCCAUGAAUUUUGCCUCUCCUCUGUUUUCUCCAACACUCCUACCCCCACAAAGUCAUGUGCUCUAUUAUUUGCCUAAAUCGUAUUCAGGGUAAAACAGCUCUGUUUCUGUGAGCAAAUAUCCGUGGCAUUUUAUUCAUUAUUAUUUUUGGUGAGGAAUUUGCCUGGCUUUAGUGAUGUCAACAACUUUCCUGAGUUCCCACUUUGGGGCUCGCAGUCAGACCUUGUCUCUUCACCUCUUUCCCCCUGUGCUCCCCCCUGCACUAGCGCUGCUCCCUGAGCAGGAAGGAUCCGCUGAUGGGGUUACUGUCCCUGCUCUUGGGGCAGAUAAAAAACAUGUAACUCCGUGA